AUGACCUCGGGCGUCACAGAUGCCCUGACGGUGCUCAUGAGGGACACUGUGCGUCCAAAUCUGAUGCAAACGCUCGAAGGGACCCCUGUGUUCGUGCAUGCCGGACCAUUUGCCAACAUUGCCCAUGGACAAAGCAGUAUUCUUGCAGAUAAAGUUGCUCUCAAGCUUGUCGGUGAGGACGGCUAUGUCAUCACUGAAGCUGGAUUCGGUGCCGACAUUGGUAUGGAAAAGUUCUUCAACAUUAAGUGCAGAUACUCUGGGCUGCAGCCAUCAGCGGUGGUCUUGGUGGCUACCGUUCGAGCCUUGAAAAUGCACGGCGGUGGUCCACCGGUGGUAGCCGGCAGUCCGCUAAAGCACGAAUAUCUAGACGAGAACCUCGGGCUUAUUGAGAAUGCCAACAAGUUUGGUGUACCAGUCGUGCUUUGCGUAAACAAAUUCGCAACUGACACAGAUCGCGAGCUCGAAACGGUUAUAGAAAAGGCACUCUUGUACGGAGCCAAACGAGCGGUAUCAUCGAGCCACUGGUCGCAAGGCGGAGAAGGUGCCAUUCAGCUAGCACGAGCAAUCGUCGAUGUCACAUCGGAAUGCCCACCUCAAUUCAAGUUCCUGUAUCCCUUGGAAAUGUCACUGGAGGAAAAAAUAGCGAGGAUCGCCUGUGAAAUAUACGGUGCAGAUGGAAUCGAGUUCUCUCCUGAAGCUAAAGAGAAGCUAAAGCGGUAUAAAGAACAAGGAUUCGCUGGUCUACCUAUCUGCAUGGCCAAGACCCACUUGUCACUGUCACAUGAUCCCACGAAAAAAGGAGCACCAACGAAUUUUAUACUGCCCAUCCGAGAUAUUCGUGCGUCUGUCGGUGCAGGAUUUGUGACGCCGUUGGUCGUGAAAUUGAUGAUGAUGCCAGGCCUCAGCACUCGUCGGCGUAGCUCUUCGACAUUACAAUUUGAUCCUGUCACAGAACAGAUUGACGUCGCUUUUAAAGAGGCAAUGGCGAUUGCCCAGAUAGACAUCUUUCACUAG